GUUUUUAUAUAGGAAGACAGUCAUUCCUACACUCAUCGCAGAGAAGCUAGAACGCGCAAUCGCUCGCAGCUCAUUGCCAUGACUUCCUCCGUUCUACCUGAGCAGCCCAUCAUCCGCCCCGCGACGCCAGACGAUGUCGACCAAAUCGCCCCACUCUUCCUCACCUCCCUCGACACCUCCCUCCCGGGAGUGUCCUUCUCCACUCGCCCAGAGUAUGCCCUCCACCUCGUCCGCGCGCACCUGGCCCAGCGGCUCUUCCCUCCGCCUGCAUCAAGCACCUUCGUUCUGAUCUUCCCUUCAUCGGCUAUGCAAACAUCCGAGAGGCAAAGGACAACGAGAUCCCGGAACUCGACAUGCUCUUCGUCAAGCCAGAAAUGGGAGGCAGGGGCUAUGGAGGGAUGCUACUGCGAGAAAUGAUAAAGCCAUCAGGUUCUAUGAAAAGCGAGGGUUUGAGAUAGCCAAUGUCAAGGAGGUCGAUGUGGGAGG